AUGGAACCAGCAAGUGCUAACCGCGGCUUUUUCCAGGUCCAACCAACGUUGAAGAAUCAGUUUCUUCAUGAUCCAAGCAUAAAACGGGUAUUCAGAUUAUUCUUACCAGCGGACAUUGCUCGAACUGUUUUACCAGAAAUUAGCCACCUAGGAGACGAGGUAUUACAGCAGCAGAUCUUCGACUGGGUGACAGAUGCCGAGAAGAAUCACCCGUACAUUGCGGGCCGGGGCAGAAAUGCCUUUGGCCAGCCCAUGAGCACAAGGCUGGUCGUCACUGAAGGCUGGAGGAAAUUGCAGGCUUUCAGCGUCGAAAAGGGUUUCGUAAGUCAGGGCCACGAGGCAGGAUUGGAUCAAUACACCCGAAUCGUACAAUAUCUCCGCGAGCUUAUCUUCGAGUCCUCGUCCGCAAAUGUGGGCUGUCCAGCAGCUAUGGCGGACGGCGCUGCCCGGGUCCUGCAGCAUCACUUGAGUAAUUCGAAGCUCAGUGCGGAAGAGAAAAAGGUCUUUCAAAACGCUUACGAUCACCUUAUAUCACGGGAUCCAAACAUGGCCUGGACGAGCGGGCAAUGGAUGACGGAACGCAUAGGAGGUAGCGAUGUAUCACGAUCUGAAACCAUCGCGACAUACUCGCCUCUGCCCAAUGAUGGCCCCCUCUGCGACCCUGAAGAGAAUAUCCCCAUCGGUCCUUGGAUAAUAGAUGGUUUUAAGUGGUUCUCAUCCGCCACGGAUAGCAACAUGACGAUCCUUCUAGCGCAAACUCCAAAGGGAUUAUCAGCGUUCUACGCUCCUAUGAGACGUUACAACCCGUCCCUCGUUUCUGCCACAGGUGCCGUGGGCGGCACAGAGCUCAAUGGUGUCACAAUAUCACGGCUCAAGAACAAGAUGGGCACGAAAUCUCUGCCAACCGCUGAGCUUGAGCUCCGCGGUAUGCGAGGCUGGCUUCUCGGAAAAGAAGGCGAGGGAAUCAAGGAGAUAUCUAAAAUCCUGACCAUCACACGCAUUCGUUCGGCAAUCAGCGCGCUCGGAUAUCUCAGCCGGGGCAUGGCUGUCGCACGCGCGUUCGCCGAGGUACGCGAAGUAGGCGCCGGACGCGGGAAAAGAAUGAAGCUGGUGGAUAGCGCGCUGCAUAUGCGCUCGCUCUCGGAUAUGACCAUUGACCAGCACGCCAUGAUGCUACUCACGUUCUACAGUAGUUAUCUGCUCGGAUUAGAAGAGCACUCUACGUCUGAUCGAGCACCUCCUCCUUCCACCAAGGCUAUCACACCUCCGUCUGAAUAUGUCACACCUCUCUUAAGAGUGAUUACCCCUUUGCUGAAAGCAUAUGUCACGAAGCAGGCUAUUCCGCUCAUAUACGCGUGCAUGGAGUCCCUUGGGGGCGUGGGAUAUCUAGAGAACUCCGAGUCUGAAUACAUGAACAUUGCGAGAUUGUUCAGGGACGCGUGCGUGCUGAAUAUCUGGGAGGGCACGACGGAUGUGCUUGCGACUGAUUUCAUCCGGGCGCUAAAACAUCCUAAAGCCGGGGCAGAUGGUAUUAGAGCUCUCGACUGGGUUAUAAAGAGUGGCGAAAGCGGCGCGUCCAUCGUGAAGCAGUGGGAAUCGCUGAAGGCUGAGCUUGAAUCGAGUACGCAAGAGGACUUGUUGCCCAAUGCGAGGGGAAUCCUGUGGAAGCUUGCGGAGAUCCUGAUGGCUGUUCUCUUUAUGCUGGAUGUGAAGAGUAGCGAUGGACCAGUGAUACAGGAGAUGUGCCAGCGGUAUCUCACUAGUCGGGGCUUCGUGAGGGAUGAAAAUUCCAGUUCGGACAGGAGCCAGACUAGUCUGGAGUUGAAUCGUGCUAUAGUUUUCGGUGUUGAACACACAACGGAAGUGCCCAAACUCUGAGUUAGAAUUGUAGGUUAGUGCAAGGAGGUACCGCUUUCAACAAAAGAAAGCCGUAAUAAUGAGGUUCGAUUCGAGAAAUGAUCUCAUCAGAUACAGGUGUGCUUUAAAACAUCACGGUAAAAUUACGCAA